UCACGGGGCGGGUCUGGAGGCGGUGGAUUGUGGUUCCGGUUCCGUCGCGGAGACACGUGAAGGUCGGUGAGUUGCUGCAGAGUUCCUCUCGGCACGCGUGGCGGCGCUGGGAUGGAUGCCUCCUCGUCUUCGUCCGCGGCGGGUUUGGGCUCGGUGGACCCACAGCUGCAGCAUUUCAUUGAGGUGGAGACUCAGAAGCAGCGCUUCCAGCAGCUGGUGCACCAGAUGACGGAACUUUGUUGGGAAAAGUGCAUGGACAAGCCUGGGCCAAAGUUGGAUAGUCGGGCUGAGGCCUGUUUUGUGAACUGCGUUGAGCGCUUCAUUGAUACAAGCCAGUUCAUCUUGAAUCGACUGGAACAGACCCAGAAAACCAAGCCAGUUUUCUCAGAAAGCCUUUCUGACUAAUCUCAGCAUUACCUCUUUGGAAAAGGAAGAAGAUGAACAUGAGGUGAGAGAACCAGAGCAGUGUGUCCGAGUUCCUUCUCCUGGGGCUCCCCAUCUGGCUAGAGUCACAAGGUAUGUAGUUUGCCCCUAUCCUGGGCGUGUACCUGACCAUGGUGCUGGGGAACCUACUCAACAUCAGGCUGAACUCUGGCCUCCACACCCCUAUGUA